AUGAGCAAAUUUCUGCACACGGCAACUCACCUCCCCACAGACUCUCAAUCUCGUCUGCGGUACUUGGAGAGUGUCUGUACGGAAGCAAAGCUUGAUAUCGCUACCCAAAUUCUCUUGUCAGAGACAGAGUCAACUCGCCUGUUCACUGUGCCAAGUUUCUCGUGGGAGCCGCUAGAUGUCGGGCCGUCGGGAUUCGGCGUGACUUCCAUAGCUGUCUUCGCGAUAGACUCUUCUAAUGCUUGCGAGACGUUUCAAGCAGCUCGCACGGCUAUCGGUAACUGCGCGGUUGUAUGGCCAAACUACUCGCUCUUGGAUUCUUCCGUGAAUCAAAUGGACAUGCAAUCAGUAAAGUUCAAUAUUCACUACGGUGUCACUGAACAUCGCUUCCAGAGCGGCAUGUCGGAGGAGCAAGUGGUUCUCGAGAGUAGAGAUCUGUCCUACUUUCGAGUGGGUGGUGAGGGUAGCGUGUUUCUGUGGGAUUUUGUGGACGAAGACAACCAGUUCCCAGUGAAGAAGACGACAGCAGUCAAGCGCAGCACCGUUGUGGCGCUGCUCGUACGUCCUGAGCGCUGUGACGAUGGCGUGGAGCGUGUGGUGUGUCGCUACAUUUGCUCUAAAAUCCACAUGAUCGACGCGUUGGAGCUCCCACCAGGUAUUGAGCGCUUCUCGAAAUCGAAGCAGUUGGGUGCGCAGGUGGCAGACUCUAUGGUGUACGAGACUAUUAAGGGUGACGUAGCCCGCAACUCAGUUUGAUCCGAGCCGGGUUUACAGGCCAUCAGGACUAGAUGUCGAUAUGGCAUUUGCUCAUCGAAGUGUACCUACGGGAGUCAAUAGGCACAACAGAACAUUCUCCACUCGAGACAACCUGAUAAUAAACUACAACAAUAUGAUGCGGAUUCUUCUCGA